UGGAUCCUCGUAGCGACUCCCUGCUUGAAGGUAAAACUCUUCACCGGGUAUAUAAAGCCCCAGUUGCUCCAAAAAUCUCAAUUCACUUUCCUCUCUCUUGCCUGCUCUAACGAUCACUCUGCGAAUCGACAUGAAGACCUCAGUGGCCGUCGUUGUUGUAUUGAUGGCAUGUGCCGUCUCCGCCCAGUUCCCACCCGGUUGGAACUACAACCCAUUCCUUUACUACCCCUACACCGCACAACAACCGCCUGUCCAGGAAACUCCCGAAGUUGCUGCCGCUCGUGCCACUCAUCUGGCCGCCCACGCUUCCGCAAGAGGAUCUCGCGUAAUCGUCUCCCAGCCUACCCCUGUACCUGUAUGGGGACAACCGGGUGCGAUCCUGGACACUCCCGAAGUUUGGGCGGCUAAGGUUGAACAUUACCGCGCUCAUUCUGCUGCCGCUGCUGCCAAUGGAGUCGUAUCGACGCUGCCACCUUUGCAAGUGGUUAACUGGGGAGUUCCUCAACCAGUUCAAGACACUCCCGAAGUAGCUGCCGCCCGCGCUGCCCAUUUGGCUGCUCACGCCGCUGCUCGCGGUAAACGAUCCAUCCAAGACACUCCCGAAGUGAUGGCCGCCACUAUCGAACAUUACCGCGCUUACAACGCUGCAGCUGCUGCUAACGGAAUCAUGGCAUACUUGCCCGCACGUUACGCCAAUAUGCCGUGGGGAAUGCCGCAACAGGUGCAAGAUACUCCCGAAGUAGCUGCAGCCCGUCGUGCUCACCUGGCCGCUCACGCUCAUGCCGCUGCACGAGUAGCCAAAGUAAUUCCCGUCCAACCGGCCCCUACACCCGUUUGGAGCCAACCGGCACCUACACCCGUUUGGAGCCAACCGGCUGUGAUCCAGGACACACCCGAAGUUCACGCAGCUAAACUAGAUUUCUUCCGCGCGUUUAACGAAGCCACAGCUCGCUCCGGUUAAACACCUUAAAAGCACCGAUUCUCCAAACUCAUCUUUCACGUCUCACUUGUAAAUCAAAUUAUUACCUGAAGGUUAUCAAAACCACCCUUUUCUCAAAAGAGAAAACGUGAACUGUUGUAAAUUUCCCUUCUUAUUUGGUUUUGCUGAUCCCAUCAUCUGGCAUUUAAAAAUACACCAGUACUUUCAAGUUUA